AUGCUGAGCGCGCCGUGCCCUCUCGAACAGCCUCCCUGUGACGAGAAUUGGGUGGAGCUGUGGCAGGAUGCGGUAGUGCAUGCCUCGACUUGGAGCCAGGCCGUGCGCACCAGGAUCUACUCCUGCAAAUGCCCGAGGAAGCACACCAUUCAUUUCGAUGGGGAGCAUUUGGGGCUCUACGUCUGGAGCCGCCAGACGAUCGUCGUGCAGGAAAGCCUCCAGCUGCUGCUCAAGCAGAUGCAGAGGGGCCAGUCGGGAUUCGGGGCGCUGCUGGAGGGCCAGCAAGAGGCCUUCCGGAGGGCACCAGAGUGCGCCGUACUAUCCGAGGAGACAUGGCGGAAGGCCAGCCUCGAUUUCUUCCGGCUGGUGGGGCGGCAGAUCAUGGAGUGCUGUAGCAUAUGCGGUCCGCAUCCGGAGGUUCUACUCUGCGAUGGGAUCGUGGGAAUUGCCAAUUCGGAUGGGGGAAAGCGGCCGGGGGGGCUGGCGUCGAGCUCGCACGAUUUCCGCAGGCCGUUCACACAUCCAAGCCGGUCUGCGGACGGCGCCGCACUCGAGAAGCAAUUGGUUGCGGGGCGCGACUACUGUGCUGCAGGACUGGAGGGCGGGGGCAUGAAGCGGCGGCUGGUAUUGCAACCGGAGCUGCGGGAGUUGAUAGCGCGCGUCUCUCGGCAUCGACCGGUGAGCGAGAAGCUGGGUCAGCGGCUGAGCGAGGGCGAGUACCUGGGUUUGAAGGGGUCCCUCGCCAACGACGACGUACGACUCGUGACCCGCUUCGUUCCGGGCGAUGGCGAGGGCCCGGUGCCAGCGAACACCAGACGCCGCCUCUUGGUCGAGCAGCGCCAGAUGGUGCGGGACAAAAAUCGGGCGAUGCUGCGCUUGCUGGAGGGGAUCGAGCUCGAGCAAGCGGCGAGGGGUGGGAGCCCGCGUUUGUGGGAGCAUUGGCCAUGCGAGUGGGGCGAAUUGCUAUACGACCUGGGCGCACACGAUUCGGACGACGGCGUCAUCGGCCACUCCGACGGGCUGGCUGUGGUCCGGGAGCUACUCUUGGGGAGGGACGCGAGCGUCGAGGACCGCCGCCAGCUGGGGGAGCACUCUCCCAUUUUGCGGCGCGUGCUGGACGCCCAGGGCGGGCACCGCUUUCCAGCUUUCUUUAUGCUCGCUCUGCACCACCUCUACGAGCUCACGCUGCUGGCUCGCGGCAACACCGGGUACGGCGAUGGGAUGCAGGAGGGCUGGGUCGUCGCCGCUCUGCGGCCGCUGGGGCGCGCGGUCGCGCUGCAGCAUCUGAGCCGGGAGCGGGGGCCGCUCACCGAGGCGGAGGCCGCGUCGCUGGCAGAGGCUCGGACGAGCGCGCAAGACCUUCUCCCAGGCGUAGAGGGCUCGCAGCCUAACGCACUGCAGUGGGAGGCCAUGAGCCAGCUAGUAGAGAGGGGGUUGCUGCGCGGCCGGCUGGGGCGGGACGAGGAGGGCAAUCGGAUGCAUCCGCUCCCUGCUGGGCACACCUUCAGAGCCGAGCAGGAUGCGUUGGGGCACUACGCGCUGCCGGGGUGGGAGCAGAAGCGGGGCUUGCCGCGAUACACGUCGUUCGAGCACGAGGAUGGGCGCAGCAGAACGUCGGAGGAGUUCAAAUGCGCAACCGGACAGACGGUGGGCGACUGGGACGCCGCGAACGUCCCGGGACUGGUCAAGGGGGGUAGCAAGUCGACGAAGAGGGGCAAGCGCCCCCACCGCAGCCGGGGCGCCUUCGUUCUCUGCUGCACGCACCGCGUCAUCUCGGGCUUCCACUUCUUCCUCCGAGGGGAGAGCCUCCGCGAUGCGUUCGCGGUUUUGUACACGCGCCUGGACCGGGAGGAGCUCCCUAAGUACGUCGUGUACGAUAACGCGUGCCAGCUGAGGAACUACUGCAUGCGCCGCGAGCCCGCGUUCUUCUCCGACGUGACCUUCGUCGUGGACAGGUUCCAUUAUGCAAAAGCCGGGGCAGAGGUGCACAAAUGUGGACCUAGCAACGCCACCGAGUACUACGACGCCCUCCGAUGGGUCAACACCUCUGCCGUGGAGUCCGUCAACAGCUUCCUGAAGAAGUUCCGGGUGCUCGGGUGGUACUCAGGACUCUCGAGCCUCAUGGUGUUUUUGCCCAUCCUGCUCAGCGGCUUCAACGUCGACCUGAGCAGGGUGGACGACGCCAAAUUGUCCAUAGCUGUGCCGGCGAGGCUGUGGAGCGAGGCCUUUAGGGCAGUGCUGCUGGGGAGGUAG